GUCACACGCAGCCUCCCGCCCUCCUCUGCCCCAGCCCGGAGCACCGCGGGUCCCCCGAGCGGGACCGGGCACAGCAGAGCAGGGCAAGGGCAAGGCAGGGAAGGGAAGCAGAAGUGGCACCGCAGCAGCGGAGGGCUCGGAGCGGAGCCGGAGAUCGGGGAUAGCCGGGGCCAGGGCGUGGGCAGCCCGUGCCACAUCGAUGCCGGCUGCCCGCGGGCAGCGGGAGGGAGGCGGCGGCCGGCCCGGGGCCCCCAGGAGCAGCCCGGCUCCCUGGUGAUGGCAUGGACCGGCCGCUGCUCCCGCAGCCUCGCCCAGCCCCGCUCCUGCCCCCCGCCAGCCGCCCCCCGAGCCCCGGCGCCACCGAUGCGGAGCCGCUCGUAGCGACCCAGCCAUGGCUGGAGAUUCCCGGAUCUUCAUGAACCAGGACAUGGACAUUGGGGUCACGUCCCGGGAGCCCAAGAAGAUCCCCAAGCAGGCUCGGGAUGACGUCCCCAUCGCCACGGACAGGACCCGGCUCAUUUCCGCCGAGGGCAAGAAGCCGCGGCAGCGGUACAUGGAGAAGAGCGGCAAGUGCAACGUGCACCACGGGAACGUCCAGGAGACCUACCGGUACCUCAGUGACCUCUUUACCACCCUGGUGGACCUCAAGUGGCGCUUCAACCUGCUGGUCUUCACCAUGGUCUACACCAUCACCUGGCUGUUCUUUGGGUUCAUCUGGUGGCUCAUUGCCUACAUCCGGGGAGACCUGGACCACCUGGAGGACGAGAACUGGAUUCCCUGUGUGGAAAACCUCAGCGGAUUCGUCUCGGCGUUCCUGUUUUCCAUCGAGACCGAGACAACCAUCGGGUACGGCCACAGGGUCAUCACAGAGAAGUGUCCCGAGGGCAUCGUGCUGCUCCUGGUCCAGGCCAUCCUGGGCUCCAUCGUCAACGCCUUCAUGGUGGGAUGCAUGUUUGUCAAGAUCAGCCAACCAAAGAAGAGGGCGGAGACCCUCAUGUUCUCCAACAACGCCGUCAUUUCCAUGAGGGACGAGAAGCUCUGCCUCAUGUUCCGGGUCGGAGACCUCCGCAAUUCCCACAUUGUCGAGGCUUCCAUUCGAGCCAAACUGAUUAAGUCCAAACAGACCAAAGAAGGAGAGUUUAUUCCUCUGAAUCAAACGGACAUCAACGUGGGAUUUGACACCGGAGACGACAGGUUGUUCCUGGUGUCCCCUCUCAUCAUCUCACAUGAGAUCAAUGAGAAAAGCCCCUUCUGGGAGAUGUCCCGCACCCAGCUGGAGAAGGAGGAGUUUGAGAUUGUGGUCAUCCUGGAAGGAAUGGUGGAAGCCACAGGGAUGACUUGCCAGGCUCGCAGCUCCUACAUGGACACCGAGGUGCUGUGGGGACACCGCUUCACCCCCGUGCUCACCCUGGAGAAGGAUUUUUACGAGGUGGACUAUAACAGCUUCCACAGCACCUAUGAGACCCACACGCCCGUGUGCUGUGCCAAGGAGCUGGCCCAGUCCCGCCGGGAAGGGCAGCUCCUCGGGCCCCUGCCCAGCCUGGGCCGGGACACAGGGACAGCCAGGGAGGACCAGGAGGAGGAGGAGGAGGAGGAGGAGGAGGAAGGCAGGGAGCCGGCGGGACUGAGCGGAGCCAACGGGACUGCGGGAGAGGGGAAGGAAGAGGUGCCUGUAUAACCCUGGAGCCGCUGGAGCACACCCCCACACCCUGCUGGGACACUGCACUGGCCAGCCAGGAACCGCCGGGGAGCCAGAGCUGGGAUUCCGGCCUGCUGCUCAUCCUGGGAGUCACUGCACUGCACCUGCCUCAGGGCCCUCAAUUUCCUGAGGCUCUGAGCUUUGCCCUCCUCUGCAGAGCACCUUGAUCUCCAUGGACAAGGCCCACUCUUCUCAUCACUGUCAAAAGCGAAAUUCCCGCUGCUGGUUGUUUCAAAAGGUGUUCAUUGGAUGUGCAGAACUCUGCCCCUCUUGCCAGGGGGUUUGACCAGUCCAGAAUGUCCCAUCUCAGUAUGAAGAAUGUGAUUUCAUACCUUCACUUAACUUGUGAGUCAAUGUAUUGUAGACAUUGU